CGACUCAUAAACUUCUCCUGGGAAGAAGCUUAUGAUAUUCUCUCCUGCUUCUUUGUUUUUCAAUCAAAAACCUUGUCCACUUCUAACUGUUCACUUCGAAGGAUCUCACCAGCUGACCGAAUCUUAUCACUCUUAAGGAAACUCUCCUUAUAUGAGGGAGGUCACUCUUCCCGUUCUAAUUUAAAUUUUCAUAUUAUCAUCAACAAAAAAUUAUGUUUUUAAGACAAAGUUUACCGUUACCACAAGAAACUUUGGAAAAAUUGGCAGUAGAAUUAGUUCUUGUACUUGACGAAGCACAAAGAGUUUCUGACUACGACACCGAGAUUACAAAAAUAGAAAAUGCCAUUGAAGAGAUUAAACAGGGUGGAAAAACCAUUUUCGAAGCAAAAAAUCAACGCUUAAAUCGCAAUUUAUUAAAAUUUGUUUUGUGGGGAAUUUUAAAUAUUGAAGGGCCAAAUGAUAAUUUAAAGAAGAAAAUAGCACUAGCUUUUGAGAGAUUGCACUCUGCUGAUGAAUUUAUUAAGCUUUACGGGGUAGAAGAUUCUGGGAGGAUACAAGUGGAGAAAUGUGUGAAGGAUGCUGAAGAUGUAUUAAACCGCGCUAUUGUUUUCAUAAAACUUUUUGAUAAUUUUCGUGGAGGAGCAACAGCGGAUGAAAAGAAAACUGAGCAGAUAACCAGUCAAAUAAAUGUUAAGAAAGGAUUUGAUGAGGGUGAAGGUUGAGUGCCAGGCCUAGCGAACAUUUUUUUCUCGCUUGCCGGCCAAAAUACUUUUUUUUAAAUUUUUUUUUGUAGUCUUUUAGUAUUGUAAUUUUAGCUUUUUUUACUCAUGAUUUUUAAAAGGCGCAAAAGAAUUAAUUUAAAAACAAUUGAAAUUUUUAAAAAAUUGAGAGAGUGCGCACAAAAGAAUAAAAAUUUGAAUGAUUUUUUGUUUGUUUUUUUUAAUUUGAAUUGUAAGGAAUGGGAGAGGGUUGGAGGGGUGAGGAGGAAGGAAAGGUAUGGGUUUCUAUGAGUAUCUUUUAAAGGGCUUUGUUUUUUAUUAAAUUUGUCUGGCAAUUGAAGGGGGGGGGGGAAUUGUUCGGCAUUGUAAACGAGGGGAUGUUGGAUGGAGUUGUUCAUGUUUCUUUUAUUAGGCUGUCGGAGAAUUAUGUGAAGGUGUGAGGUUUUGGAGUGUUGUAGUAUGUUGGUGAAAUCCACAAAUAUCCGAACCGAACCUUUCGUAUUUUCUGUACUUUUUCCGGAAUCCAGAUAUGUCAAAAAUGUGAG